AUGCGAACAAUUACAUUCGUCUCGCACUUGUUUUUCGUGAUUCUUGUCUUCUAUUUCUCCGCGUCCGGAGGAGGAGUGUCCGGACAAGAAGAUGAUGGAGAGGAUAACAACGACGACGACGGAACGAAUACGUUCUGGAACACCGGCCCGUCCGGCAUCGACGAAACACUCCUACCACCGCUAAACCCGACGAAUUACCCGUGUCCGACGGACAGAUAUUUACUCCUCGGUCCGCGAACGUAUACCGGAGGAUUUAACAACAUGUUCAUGACGUUUCAAAGCGCGAUUUUGUUGGCUCGAUACACGAACAGAACGUUCGUGAUACCGGCGGCGAGGAACGAUCGGUACACGGAUUUUAGGUUUUCGCAAGCGAUCGAUUACGAGGCUAUGCGACCGGUGUGGCCGUGCUUUCACGACACUAACGUGCCGUGGGGCGAAGGCGAAGUGCCGCAAGCGUACGUAUCCGUGGAGAAAAGAAGGAAACUCGCGAUGGUGGACGCGAGAUCUGAGGAGGAUAGAAUGAAUACUAAAGAUGAUUUUAGCACUAGCGCAUUGUUGGUUAGAGAGUUUGAUGAGUUGGACGCGAAUCGGAUGGUGCACGCAGACGAUGACAACGAAGAAGAAAAACAAAACGAAGAGGACAAGAACAACCAGGUGAUUGCUGGGCGAACAAACGAAAGAAAGUUGCUCGGCAAAGGAAAGAAGUUGAAAACGUCCGACAUGUUCGACGAUUUCAAGCCGAAACCGAAUUCAGUCGCCGCCAUGCGUCCCGCGCGCGUUCGCGGUCCGGAUAAUACCGGUCGUCAAAUUUCUGAGAUUGCUUCUGAUUUCACGUCAGAUGCCGAAGUGCACGGGCAUCCCGUCAUUAUGAUUUCCGGAAGUGCCUGGGGUGGACUCAUGACUGCGUGCAUGAAACCCCACGAAGACGGUUUGUUUUUUAAACACGUUCAACCGGCUGAACACAUUCGCCAAGAGGUGGAAAUGUACAAACAAAUGAGAGGUUUAGUCGACGGUGAAUACGUCGGGGUACACCUGAGGUAUUUAGAAGGUAAGUGCCCGCACCGCGCGAGGGCGUAUUACAUGCCGAAAGUCGAAAAACAAAUCGCCGCGAUGUGUCACAACACGUUUCCGCACACGCAGAGAGUUUUGCAAGACCACGGUAUUGAUUUGAAGUCGGGCACAAAAAUUUACUUAGCAUCAGAUCGACAGCGCCCGGAUGCGGAUAAAUCGUUUGAGAAAGCAGGAUCGAUUAGCUAUGAUAAAGGGAACAAGAAAGACAAAUACUUCGGCGACGGCACGCAGUUCGUGAAAGGGUACAUCGGCAAGAAGGUCUUUGAACCGGCGGUUGACAUGUUCAUCUUAGCUGGUGCAAAAAUCUUUGUCGGAAACAUGCUCUCGACCUUUAGCACGAACACGGCGAACAUUCGAUACGGUUGGGGUGCGAGAAGAUCCGUUUUAGCGUGGCCAGAACCGCCAAUCAUGAAGGAGCGCUCGUUUUGGGAAUGCGAGCGCGCGGCCUUUUGGUGUGGAACGAUCACGAAAGAGUGGAGUUCUGAAGGUCACACAAAAGCGAAAGGGAACUGUUAG